AUGCACGGAACUUAUCACGACCUCUAUUUCUGUCCGAGAGUGCUUUUGUUUACUAUUACACUUCUACUGGUACCAACACUAAGUUUUGCUACGUAUGGUAUUUCCGCGAGUAUACAGCGAGAUGUUCUACCGAGAGGUCCACAUGUAUGUGGUUCAAGUCAUUCUUCACCAUGUUGUCCGGGAUGGAGUCAAAGACCAUCUAGUGGGAUGUGUUUAACUCCGAUAUGUAGAGGUAACUGCGGAGAUGGUGGUAUCUGUAGUAGUCCUAAUAUGUGUACACAAUGUAUCCAUGACGACGGUGGUAGGAAAUGUACAUCAGUGACUGCUUCUUCAUCACAGAAUGUGCCAGGUUUAUCUUCUAGUUGGACAGAUCAAAACCAGGAUAGAGAAAGGAUAUCUGACGGGUUACAAUGGCAACAACCUCAGCAACCUUCACAAGAGAGACCAGAGACUCUUGAUAGAAGUGACCUAUUUCCAGGCCAGUACCCACAACAACCACAACAACCUGAACAUGGUCAGUUACCGUGGAGACCGAUGGCACAGAACCCAGGAACCUACCAAAGUGCCCAUUUAUCAGAGUCACAGCAGCCGCCUCAAACUGAAUUACCGUGGCAACAAUCAGAAGAGUUACCAGAUCUGGAUAAUUUUCAAAACAUAUAUUUAUCGCAACCACAACAGCCACAACAAUGGAAACAACCAUCAGGAGUGCCAGAUAUUGAUAAUUUUAAAAGAACUUACUCAUCACAACUACAACAAAAUCCAUUACCAUGGCGACGACAACGUAUCGAGGUCCAAGUUAGUCGGCAGUCAGUGGUACCAGAUAUGGAUAAAUAUCAGCAGCCCCAGUUGUCAGAUCCACAGCAACCGCAAAACAUUCAGUUACCAUGGCAACAACAAUCUCAUGUACAACCAGAUUCAGAUCCCUACCAGCCGCACCGAUCAGGAGUGAUUUUAGAACCACAUCAGUCAUAUGCAUUUGAUAGUUUACCAUCGGUACAAGGAAUGUCCAGUCCUUGUCCUCCAGGCUAUAUAGUGUCAACUAAUUCCCAGAGUUGUAUAG